CAGGGGGCGGUGCGGGGCGGGGGAGAGCGGGUGGAAGAUGGCGGAGGGUGGCGGCGGCGGCGGCGGAGCGGAGCCGUGCGAUCGCGAGAAGGGGUCGGCCGGCCGGCGGCCCCCCAGCGUGCGGGAUCUGCAGUUGGCCUUGGCAGAAUUAUAUGAAGAUGAUAUGAAAUGUAAAUCUUCCAAGUCCGAGCGACCUCAAGCAUCCGUCUUUAAAAGCCCAAAAACACCUCACAGGUUCUAUUCAAGUGAACACGAAUACAGUGGAUCACAUAAAGUUCGACCCUCAACUGGGAAUAUUGUAAAUGAACUUUUCAAAGAGGCAAAAGAACAUGGUGCUGUUCCUCUGAGUGAAGCCACAAAAGGUGAUGACAGUUCUAAGUCAUUUUCAGGUGGAGGUUACAGAUUGGGCAACUCCUUUUGUAAGAGGUCUGAAUACAUCUAUGGCGAAAAUCAGCUGCAAGAUGUUCAGAUUUUGCUUAAACUCUGGAGCAAUGGUUUCAGUUUAGAUGAUGGAGAAUUGAGACCUUACAAUGACCCAAUUAAUGCUCAGUUUCUGGAAUCUAUUAAGAAAGGAGAGAUUCCCCUGGAACUUCAGAGACUGGUUCAUGGCGGUCAAGUAAAUUUGGAUAUGGAAGAUCAUCAAGAUCAAGAAUACGUAAAACCUAGAUUGAGAUUCAAGGCUUUUAGUGGAGAAGGACAAAAACUUGGAAGCCUUACACCUGAAAUAAUAAGUACACCUUCCUCCCCUGAAGAAGAGGACAAGUCAAUACUUAAUGCAGUUGUUCUUAUUGAUGAUUCAGUGCCAACAACAAAAAUUCAAAUCAGGUUAGCUGAUGGGAGUCGUUUGAUACAAAGAUUCAACAUUACACACAGGAUCCUGGAUGUUCGAGAGUUUAUUGUACAGUCCCGUCCUGAAUUUGCCACUCUUGACUUUAUUCUUGGGACUUCCUUUCCAAACAAAGAGCUCACAGAUGAAAAUCUGACACUACAAGAAGCAGAUAUUCUUAACACUGUGAUUCUCCAGCAACUUAAAUGAUACUGUUCCUAUCAUGCAAUAGCAUACAGGAAGGAUAUUGUGCCAUAUUAAUAACGAAAAUUUAUAACACAAAAAAAUUAUUUUUAUUAUACAGAUUUUUUUUCUUGUUCUUUUAGCCAGUCUUAGUAUUGAUGAGUUUGGAUUAAUAUAUAUAUAUAUAUAUAUAUAUAUAUAUGUUUUCAAUUGAAAGACCAGUUUUGGUUAAUAACUUUUAACUAUUAAAGCAAAACCACUGUUUUUCAUACUGGUAUUAAUUUAGCAGUAUCUGUUUGCAGGCAAAAUUACCAAGACCCCAUUUGAUAAAUAUGCUUGAUAAAAUUCUAAUAAAGUUUCUUGAGGCUGUGUUGGUCAGCAGCCAUUGAGAAAUAUUCUUAUGAUGAGCUGGGGAGAUAAUUCAAAGUGCUAGUUCUCAUGCUUUGUAUGAAGAGGGCUGGGUUGAUUCCUG